GCGGUCUAGAGCCCAUUUGCUCACAAUGGGGGACUAUACAAAUUACAUGCGAUACUUCCUCACGCACCCUAUCCUCUUCGUCUACCAAGUCAUUCAAUAUGUGCUUGACAUUAUCCUCUCGCCGACCCCACCGCCACCGCACGCCAGUCUCGCACGACCGAAAAUCGCCAUUAUAGGCGCGGGCCUCACAGGCGUAUCUGCGGCGUCGCACAUUGUCGGACACGGAUUCGACUGCCGCAUCUUCGAAGCCGGUCCCAAGGAACACCUAGGUGGCAUCUGGAGCCGCGUGAACAAUACGUCUGGUCUGCAGAUCCACUCGGUCAUGUACCGCUUCCACCCGUCUGUGCACUGGACGAUGGGAUAUCCAGAUCGCCAGCAGAUUGUGUCGCAGAUUACGCAGCUGUGGAAGAAGUAUGGGCUGGAGAACAAGACCGAGUUUAACACUCGGGUGGAAAAAGUGUACAAGGACCCGCAUGGGCGAUGGAUUAUCAACGAUCCGAGCCACGGGCGGUUUGAUGGGGUGAUUGCGGCGAUUGGGACGUGCGGCGAUGCAAAGAUGCCGAAGCUGCCUGGACAGGAGAAGUUCAAAGGCGAGAUCUGGCAUAGUUCGCAGCUCGAUGGAAAAUCGGCUAGAGGGAAGAAAGUGGCUAUUAUCGGGGGAGGCGCGUCGGCCGUCGAGGCUCUGGAGUUUGUUGCCAACGAAGACGCGAAACAUGCAUAUGUCCUUUCACGCAGUGAGAAGUGGAUCAUUCCCCGGAACCCAUUCAUCGACGCCCUUCUCGCCCUGAACAUCUUCGGCUCGGAAACAAUCUUCUCUUGGAUUCCAGAAUACAUUCUAAGAUUGUUCUUCUACCGCGACCUCUACGACAUCUCGCCAGCGCCCAACAGUGGAAAGGGGCUCUUCACAGGAACGCCAAUGGUCAACGACCAAGUGCUGGAGCUCAUUCGCUCGGGCAAAGCCUCAUGGCUCCGCGGCGAUAUUUUGGGCUACGACGACUCUGGACGGGGCAUCAAGUUCAACAAGCGCGCCCAAGGGGUGCCCAAGAACGGGCCUGGGUCAGAGAGGCUGAUUGAAGCCGACAUUGUGAUUAUGGCUACGGGAUACAAGCGGCCCAGCUUGGGCUUCUUACCAGACGAAGUCUUCGACGAGCCGUAUGAGCCGCCGAACUGGUACCUGCAGGUCUUCCCACCAGAGCACCCUUCCAUCUGCGCAAACAACUGCACCUAUGUCAACGCUAUUGGCACAGUCGGCAACUACCACAUUGGCAUCUACACACGCUUCCUGCUCAUGUACCUUGUGGACCCGCUGGCGCGACCGAGGACGUGGUGGAUGAAGCGAUGGAUAGACAUGACGCGCUUCAUCAAAAGCAAGGCGCCAGGCGGUGCUUUUGAUUUUUUCACGUAUUCGGAGCUGAUUUACUGGUUCGUAUUUACAAUUGCGAUCAACCCAUUCCGGUGGAAGUGGGCAGCUUUUGUCUUGUGCGGCGUGGGCAAGGGAUUGCCCUUGAGCGUGGUGGAGCAGGAGGAUCGGGCCCGGAAUGGACUAGGCAUGAGGCAGGUUGCGAAUAACCAUAGCAACGGCAGCCAGACGGAGUAACUGCUCCGUGAGAUGGUGUCGUGAUAAAAUUGACUUUUGGUCAGCCACACAAAUUUGAGUUGAAGCCGGCUGGUGAGGACCUAGUCAGUGGUGCGGCCUGGUGGCAAAAGGAACAGGAAACCGUUGCCAAUGCCAUAGGCAGUUUCAUGACUGUCGAGACUUUUGGAUAAGCAAAAAUGGACAUAGUUGCUAGCCUGGAUGCAGCCUUGAAGCGGCAUGCACUACAGCAGCCUAAGUGGAUAGGCAUGCAUGCACGCAGACGUGAGACUGUGGAGAAACCGUCGGCAGGUGCUUGGGUUGUAGAUGACAGCGGCGGCCAUUCCC